AUGGCCACCAGCCCCGCCAACGAUGUUGCCGAGGACUCUCAGCAGUAUCAGAUCCUAAAAAUCCACAGUAUGCAAAUCGAAGAAGCUUCCUGCAUAAAAUUCCUUGUGGAAUGGAAUGGAUAUGAAGAGAAGACGUGGGAGCCGAUCGAGUGUUUUGAAGGUGUCGGAGGAGAAUCUGGAAAGCAAAAUCCAGCAAUUCGAAAGUUUUUGGGAGAAGGAUCGAAUUCGGCAAAAUACAGGAAGAUGAAAAACGAUAUCGCUACAAGACGUCCCAAGAAAUUUCAAAGAAACAAAGAGGAGCUAUUCGAGAUUUCAAAUCUUCUUUGA